UCCCCAAAGCCAGAGAUGAUCAAGCAGGAACAUGAGGUGGUCAACCUGGGGGGUCCCCAGAACUCAGGGCCCAUGAUGUCCACCGUGGUCAACAUCCAGACAGAGACCGUCGUGCCCGACCACAUCGUCUGGUCCCUGUUCAACACGCUCUUCUUCAACUACUGCUGCCUGGGCUUUGUGGCCUUCGCCUUCUCCGUGAAGUCUAGGGACCGGAAGAUGGUGGGAGACAUGAUUGGGGCCCAGAGCUAUGCGUCCACCGCCAAGUGCCUGAACAUCUGGGCCCUGGUCUUGGGCAUCCUUUCCACCAUCGGAGUCAUUGUUCUUCUGGUGUUUGUGCUCUCUGGAUUCUUCCAUUCUAGGGACCGGAAGAUGGUGGGAGACAUGUUCGGGGCCCAGAGAUAUGCAUCCACUGCCAAGAGCCUGAACAUCUGGGCCCUGGUCUUGGGCAUCCUUUCCACCAUCGGAGUCAUUGUUCUUCUGGUGUUUGUGCUCCCCGCAUCCUUACUUGCAAUGGGGAGGGGCACGUAG